AUGUCCGUUCAGGAUCAGAUGCGAGAGAUGAGGAGGAUUUGUGAGUUCCUGGAUGUGAAGAGGACGGAUGACUUCCUGUCUAAAGUCUGCAACAAUACAACUAUAGCAGCCAUGAGGACUCUCAAGGAGGACGAUAGUGGAGCUAAAGUGUUUAGAAAAGGUAGAGUUGGUGACUGGAAGAACUGGUUCACUGUUGCCCAGAAUGAGUGGUUUGAUCAGGUCUACCAGGAAAGGAUGGCCGACUGCCCCCUUCAGUUUAAAUACACACUGGGAUUUACUAACACUGUACUUUAGUUCAACCUACGAUCAUAGCUUAUAGGAACACCUUCAGGACUGUGCACCUUAUAGGUCUGUGUCAGCAGUACCAUUAUACUGAUUCUACUAUUAGUCCAAUAAUAUGAGGCGGAAUGUGCGAUUUGAUCUUUGCAUCAUUGUGACACAAAAUAACAGAUGUGUCCGUGAUCUUUGCUUCACCAGCUUAAAUAUGUAGGAGAGCUUUUCAUUCACUUUUAACAAUAAUCCAUUUAUAUCGUGAUGGAAACAUCCUGGACAUCACUACUGUAUUACAUUUCAUUACUUUCUUAUCUUUGUAUGCAGAAUGAAUUGGUUUUAGCAAUGCUUGCAACAUCUUCGUCAAAUCCAUGUCGAUAUUUCAGACAAACCUCAAGCCUCAGCUGGGACAAACUGGAAAUAAAGGAUACUCUU